CGAGUGCGCCUCCGACGGCCUGAUUCUGGGUGCGGGCUAGCAGCGCGCACUUAGCUCACUCGCUCCCUCCGGCCCCAAUCUCCGCAGUCUCCGUCUGGGGCGGAACCAGGGGGCUCUGCGGGUUCUCGCGAGAAGUUCGGAGCUGCAGGGUCUUGAGGGUGCCCUAGCCCGCGCGGGCCCUCCAGGGGCCGAAGAUGGGGUUGUGCAUAGUGAAACCUCAGUUCCUAUGGCUGGUCCUGGUCAUCCAGCUCUGGAAACCCUGCUUAGGUGCAGACCUGGAGAAGCCCUCCAGCAUCCCCACAGAUAAAUUAUUAGUCAUAACUGUAGCAACAAAAGAAAGUGAUGGAUUCCAUCGGUUUAUGCAGUCAGCCAAAUACUUCAAUUAUACUGUGAAGGUCCUUGGUCAAGGAGAAGAGUGGAGAGGAGGCGAUGGAAUUAAUAGUAUUGGAGGGGGCCAAAAAGUGAGAUUAAUGAAGGAAGUUAUGGAACAUUAUGCCAAUCAAGAGGAUCUGGUUGUCUUGUUUACUGAAUGCUUUGAUGUCAUAUUUGCUGGUGGUCCAGAAGAAGUUCUAAGGAAGUUCCAAAAGUCAAAUCACAAAGUGGUCUUUGCAGCAGAUGGGAUUUUGUGGCCAGAUAAAAGACUGGCAGACAAGUAUCCCGUUGUGCACAUUGGGAAACGCUACCUGAAUUCAGGAGGAUUUAUUGGUUAUGCUCCAUAUAUCAACCGUAUAGUUCAACAGUGGAAUCUACAGGAUAAUGAUGAUGAUCAACUCUUUUAUACUAAAAUUUACAUUGAUCCACUGAAGAGGGAAGCUUUUAACAUCACAUUGGAUCACAAGUGCAAAAUUUUCCAGGCUUUAAAUGGAGCUGUAGAUGAAGUUGUUUUGAAAUUUGAAAAUGGCAAAGCCAGAGCUAAGAAUGUAUUUUAUGAAACAUUACCAGUGGCGAUUAAUGGAAAUGGACCCACCAAGAUUCUCCUGAAUUAUUUCGGGAACUAUGUGCCUAAUGCAUGGACACAGGACAAAGGCUGCACUUUCUGUGAACUGGAUACAAUUGACUUGUCUGUGGUAAAUGUCUAUCCAAAUGUAACAAUAGGUGUUUUUAUUGAGCAACCAACCCCUUUCCUACCUCGAUUUCUGGACACAUUACUGACCCUGGAUUACCCAAAGGAAGCACUUAAAGUAUUUAUUCACAACAAAGAAGUUUAUCAUGAAAAGGACAUCAAGGUAUUUUUUGAUAAAGCUAAACAUGAAAUCAGUACUAUAAAAAUAGUGGGACCAGAAGAAGAUCUAAGUCAAGCCGAAGCCAGAAACAUGGGAAUGGAUUUUUGCCGUCAGGAUGACAGCUGUGAUUAUUACCUUAGUGUGGAUGCAGAUGUUGUUUUGACAAAUCCAAGAACUUUAAAGAUUUUGAUUGAACAAAACAGAAAGAUCAUUGCUCCUCUUGUAACUCGCCAUGGAAAGCUGUGGUCCAACUUCUGGGGAGCACUUAGUCCUGAUGGAUAUUAUGCUCGAUCUGAAGAUUAUGUGGAUAUUGUUCAAGGGAAUAGAGUAGGGCUAUGGAAUGUCCCAUACAUGGCUAAUGUAUACUUAAUUAAAGGAAAGACUCUUCGAUCAGAAAUGAAUGAAAGGAACUAUUUUGUUCGGGAUAGACUGGAUCCUGACAUGGCUUUUUGCCGAAAUGCUAGAGAAAUGACUUUACAAAGGGAAAAAGACUCCCCUACUCCGGAAACAUUCCAAAUGCUCAGCCCCCCAAAGGAUCAAAGAGAAAGGGACACAAACGGUCCAUUCUGCCGCUUCUGUUUUUCAGGUGUAUUUAUGUACAUUUCUAACAGACACGAAUUUGGAAGACUACUAUCAACUGCUAAUUACAAUACUUCCCACUAUAACAAUGACCUUUGGCAAAUUUUUGAGAAUCCUGUGGACUGGAAGGAAAAGUACAUAAACCGUGAUUAUUCAAAGAUUUUCACUGAAAAUAUAGUUGAACAGCCUUGUCCAGAUGUCUUUUGGUUUCCGAUAUUUUCUGAAAAAGCCUGUGAUGAGCUGGUGGAAGAAAUGGAGCAUUAUGGCCAGUGGUCUGGAGGGAAACAUCAUGAUAGCCGUAUAUCUGGUGGUUAUGAAAAUGUCCCAACUGAUGAUAUCCACAUGAAGCAAGUUGAUCUGGAGAACGUAUGGCUUCAUUUUAUCCGGGAGUUUAUUGCACCGGUUACCCUGAAAGUCUUUGCAGGCUAUUAUACGAAGGGGUUUGCAUUAUUGAAUUUUGUGGUAAAAUACUCCCCAGAUAGACAGCGUUCUCUUCGUCCUCAUCAUGAUGCUUCUACGUUUACCAUCAAUAUUGCGCUCAAUAGCGUGGGAGAAGAUUUUCAGGGAGGUGGAUGCAAAUUUUUAAGGUACAAUUGCUCUAUUGAAUCACCCAGAAAAGGCUGGAGCUUCAUGCAUCCAGGGAGACUCACACAUCUGCAUGAAGGACUUCCUGUUAAAAAUGGAACGAGAUACAUUGCAGUGUCAUUUAUAGACCCCUAAGUUAUUCACUCUCUUUUGAAUCGUUGUUUUUUUUGGAAUGGAUGACUGGCAUGAACAUGUCUGAAGUUGUGCUUGAGAAGAUGAGAGGAAUAUUUAAGUAACUUCAACAGAACAACUUCACUUUGGGCCAAACAUUUGAAAAACUUCAUAAAAAGUUGUUUGAUAUAUCCUAAUGUCUGCUCUGAGCCUUAAAACACAGAUCGAAGAAGAAAGAAAAAGCUAAAGUGAAUAUUUAUUUCUUUGCCUUAUUGUCUCUGAGAAUAAUGACAGUUUCCUGAAUUUUUGUUUCAGUUGAUGAAAUAUUCAGGUACAAGUGUACAAGUGACAAAUGAGACUAGUGAUAUUUUCUUAUUUAACAAAGCCUGGGAAGAAUCUUAUUUAUCAACAUUUAGAUAAAAUGGAAAUAAAUGAAAAUUGGCAAUUUUUGAAAUGUUGGAAACCUGCAAUUCUAACUGAAUUUGUGUGCAGUUAAUGUGUAAGUACUUUUUUGACCUCCUAUGUAGGUGUGUUUUCUAGUAGUUCCUGGUGGAAUACAAAGAACAAUAUUACACAAUGUUUUCCGUUAAGAACUUAGUGCAAAAUACAAUGAGUUGCAUAUCCAGUUGAAAACAUUUUUGUUUAUAUUUUUAGACAGAUUUUUUACAUUCGUAUUAGGAAUAAAGCCCUGUGUUCAUUCCUUCAGAUGAAUUUUCUAAGGUAGAUUCUAUUAAGUAGAUACUAGGUUUAGAAAAGCUUUCAAACUUUCAAUUCCUUAAGUAUUGACUAAGAUCAUUAAGAUGUCAAAGAAGGUGGUUGUUUUUUCUUUAAUUCUAGAAAAUUAUGAGGAUUAAUUUUUCUUGGAGAUGAGUAGCAGCAUUUUAUGAUUUAAAAAAGUUUUUUUAAGUACUUGAAUUUUUUAUCAGGAAAAUAAGUUGGCAAGCCUCUCUUCCCCUUUUCCCUUUGCCUCCCUCCUUACACUGUUUUUAGGGAGGGUUAUUCACUUUUUUUUGUCUUCCCAGCAUAGUCUCCAUUUUAUCUUUCUUACUCUUUUUAUUAUGUUUUAAAAUCCCACUUGGAAAUAAUUUCCCUACACAAAACAAUUUGUGCCUUGAUUUUCACCAAUUCUCUCAGUGAGGUUUGAAUAUCCUUAUUGUAGCUACUGUUUUUAAUUUAUAGGUUAAACUUGAAAAAAGUUCUGAGUCAUGGUGCCAAAAUUCAUAUUUCUAACACCAUGUGUUAGAAUAUUAUGAAAAAUAAAAUAAUUUAAAAUAA